AUGAAAUUUUUAGUUUUAGUAACUGUAUUAUUAUGUAUUCUUAAUUCAGCAAUUGCUGACCCAAAAUGCUAUAGAUGUUUGGGUGAAGGAGAUGUUUGUAAUCCAAGUAGCUCUAUUUGUCCAUAUGGAACAAUCUGUGCAAAUAUUUCCGAUACUAAUAGAUGUGUUGCUUUGCCAACACUUGGUGGUAACUGUUCUGUUACUGAAGCAUGUCUUGAUGGUUAUAAAUGUGAUGAUGGAACAUCAAUUUGUGUUGCCAAAGAUUAUUUAGGUUAUGGUGAGAAAUGCACAAGUGAUUCUCAAUGUACCAAUGAACUUAAAUGCGUAAAUGGAGGUCUUUGUCUCAAUGAAAAGUAUCCAAAGUGUUCCAAGAGAGGAGGUUGCAAGCCAGGAGAAACAUGUAUCGAAGGAAACUGUACCACUCCACUUGCUGACGGAGCAGUCUGCAAAGAGGACGACGACUGUAUCUACACUAGAUCCUGUUUGAAGAACAGAUGUACCGUUCCUUUAACCGUACCAGAAGGUGGAGACUGUGAGGAUACCGUUGAUUGUGAUGUAUCCAAAGGUUUAAGAUGCGUCAAAGGAAGUUGCAUGCAAUUCGUUUCAGGAACAAAUUGUACCGUUCAAAAUGACCAAUGGCAGUGUCCAGAUAUGUCGAUUUGCACAUGUGAUAGUCCAUCGAAUUUCACUGGUGGUUGCCAAGAUAUUAUAGAUUUUAGUUCAAUCACUCAAUCUAAAUUCAACUCAUACUAUGAAUGUGUUUCCAAGUCCGGAUGUCCAUAUGUAGACAACAUAAUCAAAGAAUCCUGUCUUUCCAAAUGUAGCAACCCAGUAGAUGUCGAAAGUAAUAUCGACAGACUCUGUAACUCUGGUAACAUUGUCAAGGGUACAUUCCUUUUCACCGUACUCAUUGUAUUAUCAUCUUUAUUAUUUUCAAUGUAUCAGUCUAAUAGCUAUUCACCUCAAGCAGGUUGUAUACCGCUGAGAAUCAAGAAGAAAUAUAUAGAUGGUGGCAAUGGUGGUGCGCUCGGUGACAAAGGCGAGCAACCACACGAUCGUUUGGUGUUACUAGAUAUUCAGGUGAUGCUGGUAACGAGUGGAAGUGGUGAAACAUGGGUGUUCCCAAAGGGAUCGAUCAAGAAGAACGAAACAAAGAAGAAGGCUGCCAAGCGUGAGACCUUUGAAGAGGCAGGUCUGAAAGGAAAGAUCGUCAAAUCGAUCGAGCCACUCGAGGUAGCCGAUCAUCAUAAAGAGUGUAAUCUCACCUACUAUGUACUGUACGUCAAGAAGAAGAAGAAAGAAUGGGACGAAUCAGACAAGCGUCUUCGUAAUUGGUUCUCGCUCAACACUGUUCUAAAGGAAAGACUACCAAUGAAACCUCAUAUAGAACAAGCGAUCAUCGCAACACAACGUGCUAUUUCAAUCUAUCAGAAUAACUUUGGUAAAGACCCAAUACCAAAAGACAACUUCAAACUGAAAAAGAAAGAACUUGAGAUGGCAUUAUUCAAGAAAUGA